CAUUUCAUCAUUCAGAGUGCACCUUCCAAAGCUAAGGGUCUCUGAGCCUUGUUGUCAUCCAAUCAAUUCCAACAAAAAUCCUCCAUUGUUGAUGGUUCAAGCCUUUCCAUCAUACAUUUGACACCCAUCUCUUUGCAUAAAAAUUAUGCAAAUGAGGACCCUCAAUGCAGCAACUCCAAGUUUGACACCUCUCUCGGUUCUUUCUGAGACAAGAACCGAGACCAGAAAAGCACCAUUGCUCCCCAUUGCUUCACCACUCAAACUACCCAACUCCCCGGCUUUUAUUAAGACCCAACCAGCUUUGCACCAGUGUUUUUCAAGAACCUUGCAUGGGGGUUUACUGCUACUGUCAUCACUUCUCCCCAAUGGUUUCGCUAAAGCCUUGUCAUACGAGGAAGCCCUACAGCAGACUACGGGAUUCUCCUCGUCUGUUGAUUUUGACCCAAAUGGGAUCCUUGAUACCGUUGUCAGUUUUGUAACUGAGCAUCCCACGGUUGUAGCUGGUGGCACCGUUGCUUUAGCUGUUCCUUUGAUUUUGUCUCGUCUGUUAAAGAAUCCAAAGCCAUGGGGAGUUGAGUCUGCAAGGAGUGCUUACGCCAAGCUAGGUGACGAUGCCACUGCUCAGUUGCUGGACAUAAGGCCUCUCAAGGAGUCUAGAGAUGUUGGUAGCCCUGACAUUAAGGGAUUUGGGAAGAAACCGGUGUCAAUUGCCUACAAUGGUGAAGAUAAACCAGGGUUCUUGACAAAACUGUCUUUGAAAUUCAAGGAACCUGAAAAUACUACCUUAUUCAUUAUAGACAAAUUUGAUGGGAAUUCCGAACUGGUUGCGGAGUUGGUCACUGCAAAUGGAUUCAAAGCUGCUUAUGCAGUCAAAGAUGGUGCUGAAGGACCACGGGGAUGGGUGAACAGUGGUCUUCCCUGGAUACAACCAAAGAAAGGUCUUGACCUUAGCAAUUUGACAGAAGCAUUCGCUGAGGCCUUCGGAGAGGGAUCAGAUGGCCUUUCUGUUACUGUGGGGAUUGCUGCAGCUGCAGGGUUAGGCCUUUUGGCUUUUUCAGAGAUAGAAACGAUCCUUCAACUUUUAGGCUCAGCUGCUAUUGUGCAGCUUGUAAGCAAGAAAUUCCUGUAUGCAGAGAACCGAAAGCAAACACUUAAACAAGUUGAUGAAUUCUUAAACACGAAGGUGGCUCCUAAGGAACUUGUCGAUGAUGUAAAGCAAAUUGGAGCAGCCCUUUUACCAACAACUACCACUAGCAAGGCUCUUCCUGCACCUACGGAGGAAAAACCUGAACCCAAAGUCAAAGCAGUGGCAGAAGCCCCUCAAACAAAUUCAGUUCCCGAAACAGUACCCGAGGCAGAUGGAAUCACUGGAUUUUCAAGACCGCUUUCACCAUAUGCUUCUUAUCCAGAUUUGAAGCCUCCAACAUCGCCUACUCCAUCACAUCCUGCCACUAGCAAAGCUAUUCUUUCACCUCCAGAGGCAAAACCGGAGCCAAAAGUCGAAGCAGCAGCAGAAACCGCUUCUCUAAUUAAUUCAGUUCCCAAAACAGAUGGAAACUCCGGAUAUCCUAAACCACUUUCACCAUAUCCUUCGUAUCCAGAUUUGAAGCCACCAACAUCUCCUACUCCAUCACAGCCCUAGUUUCAUGGUUUCAUUACACAGUGUCAGUUUCUUCGGCCAGCGAAGCAAUUGGUUGGUCGGGAAACUUUAAAGCUAUCAAGUAAGUUGUGUAAUCUACCCCCCUGUUAGAUGGUUUUCGAGCUUAUGCAACGAUUGUAUCGAAAAAUGAGAAUCUCCCAAAAGUCUGUUGCAAUCAUCUGUGUUAAUUCAUUUGGCUUUCUUGUAAUUACUAGUUAUAUUAUAGAUCUUACUUCAUAAUUUUGAAAGAACCCUUUUUAGCAUUUUGAGUCAACAUUUGAACGAAUAAUACGAUGCAAGCAUGUGAAGGUGUCAAGGCAUUGUCUUUUGUA